AUGGGCGGCUGCUUGAAUAAGCACAGUACAGACUCUGCAGGGGCGGCUCCGACAACAGCGCCUCCAGUGACGGGAUCGACUCCAAGUCGGCAGUGCGACGCGAGCGCCAAUUCGACGACGUUGGCAACUGACUUUCCCCAGUUGAAAAAGUUGGACGAUCCUCAGCCACUGCCAGUUCCACAACAGCAGCAUCCGCAUCCGGCCAGUAGUUCGGACGACGAUCAGUUUCUUUUAGAGCUUCGAGCAGCUUUUCAAGAAUUUGACAUUGACGGAGACGGCUACAUAACGAAAGAUGAGCUAGGGAAAGUGAUGAACCAGCUGGGCUUGGAAACCAAUGAUUUGGAGGUGAAAGCAAUGUUCAGGGCGGUCGAUACAGACAACGACGGAAAAAUUACGAUGAACGGCAAGUGA